ACUAUCUGAAGAAGCCGUUGGAGAAAUACUUCAAUUCCUUUCCAAAAGUAGAAAUCAUACGUGCGACCAAGCGGCAGGGACUUACACGAGCUCGCUUACUGGGAUAUUAUUUAUCUACGUCACCGAUUGUUGUUUUUUUAGACUCUCACAUAGAAUGCUUCCCUGGUAACGAAGAUCCAACCAGGGUUGUCUUCCCUAGCAUUGAGGUCAUAGCCGAUGAUGAACUUCACACCAGAUGCAACUCAAACGUCAACCAGAACGUAGUUUUCUCAUUUAAAGACCUGACUUUCCAGUGGCAAGUGAUUUCAACUGCUGAAAUGAACAGAAGGAAAGAUGACGCAGAUCCUAUAAGAUCGCCAACAAUGCCAGGAGGACUUUUUGCCAUCAGCCGAGAAUUCUUUGACAAACUGGGAACUUACGACCCUGGACUGGAUUACUGGGGUGGCGAGAAUAUUGAACUCUCCUUUAAGGCUUGGAUGUGUGGAGGGAGCGUGGAGAUGGUUACUUGUUCCCACAUCGGUCAUAUCUUUCGACGCACCAAUCCCAUUCCACUGCCGCCCAACCCUGUCAGAAAAAACUCCAUACGAGUUGCCGAAGUUUGGAUGGAUGAUUACAAAAACUACUUUUAUGAAAGAAUACUAUACAGACUGGGUAACUAUGGGGACGUGACUGAGAGGAAGCAGCUUCGAGAACGUCUCAAGAUGUAA